AUGUCGCAGAAGAACCAAAGAUCACCGCCAUGGUCCGACCUCACACCAGAGCUCCUCGGCAUGGUGUUCCUCCGCCUCCCUAGUCGUCCAGAUCGCGUCUUCUUUACUGCCGUCUGCCGCGCAUGGCGCACCGCGGUGCAGCAGUGCCGCCCGCGGCUGCCGUCGCCAAUGCCGUGGCUCGUACUUCCUGACGGCAGCGCCACCAGCUUCCCCUGCGGCAGCGAGACUUUUCACCUGCCGGAUGGCGUUCGCUAUCACAACUCUUGUGGCGAGUGGCUUCUCUUGUCGCAGGGUGACUGCAGCUGCUUCCUGAUGAACCCCUUCACCAAGGCCACCAUGCUAGUUCCUAAACUGUGUUCUUACACCACCUAUUCUGACCCGGACACUAUCCGCGACCCUAACUUUGAGAGGAUGUGGACUAACCUCAAGGACAUAUCUGAGAUAUAUGUUUUGAGUCUAGUGGUAUGCUCGAAACGCCUCAUUGCUGUGACAGUUAGUACUAAGGGCAUUGGUGGACGUAUAGGUACACUAGCAUUGUGCCGACCAGGAGAUGCUGCAUGGUCCAUGGGAACAAACGAACUCUGUCGGUGUCUCUCAGACAUAGUCUUCUUCAGGGGGAAGCUCUAUGCUAUUGGCUUCAACAAUGGGCCGCAUGAUCUUCGUGCCAUUGAAAUUGUGGAAGAGAAUGGCAACGAUGAGCCGAGGGGUGCAGAGAGCACGACAAAUAGGUUGCAAUUAACUGGAGAGCACCUGCAGGAGCCUGUGGAGACUGACAAAGAGGAUUCUGGGACGUUUCUUCCUGGCGGGGCAGCUAGUUCAUCCGCUGCUUUACAACUACGUGCUGAGCAUAGAAGAACUAAUAAAUAG